CGCGUUGCCUUACCUACAUCCCUCUCUCGCGAUGGACCUCUCUCGCCUCCUCUCGCCUUGCAUGGACGACGACGAGUUCUCGGACGCGACGUCGACAGCCUCGGUUUCGCCGCCGUCGUCGCCGGUGCUGGGCCCGUCGUCGCCGCCGUCGUCGCCCGCCAGCAUUGCUUCGUCCACGUCGUCCUCCUCAUCGCUGCGCACGGGCAAGUGGUUUUACGAAGAAGAGCAAUAUGCCCUCGCGCUCGUCGAGUGCUUUCUCUUGAGCUACUUUCCCGCGCUCUCGGCCGGCUCGUCGCUGCGCCUCUUCCUCGCCGACAAGCUCUCGUGCUCGCCGAUGCGCAUCUCCAAGAAACUCAGCCGCGAACCGCUCGAGCUCGCGGGUGUCGCACUGCCCAAGAAGCUCGGCCAGCAGCGGUACCUCGAGCAACCGAUUGACACGGCCCAGCGCACGCGCACGCUGGCCCACUUGGCGCAGCUCGAAGCGACAUUCCAGCGCUGCCUCGCGCACGAACACCGCCUCGCGUCGCCGCAAGAAGCCCAGAAGCGCGGCAUGGACAUGCACCAGAAUGCGAUGCACCGCACGGGCUACUGGUUCCGCGAAGAGCAAGUGUACGCGUGGAAGCUGAUUGACUUUUUCCUCAAGGGCCAGCUCCGCCUCCGAAAGGGCACAACGCUGCGCGCCUACUUGGCCGAGCAGCUCGGCUGCAGCCCCAUGCGCAUCUCCAAGAAGCUCGCGUCCGGUCUCAUUGGCGGCAAGACGAUCCCCAAGAAGGUCGGUACGGCCACGUACCGUCCGCAGUCCAAGCUCACGGCCGAGUUUACACACGCCGCGCUCAAGGCCGAGGCCGAGCUCGCGGCUGCCCGCGCCGCGUGCUUUGCAUUCAAGACCAACCCGAAUGCGUACGCCGAAGCGACGCUGCGGCCGAUCGCGACGCCGCUCUUGCUCCUGCGCCGGGCCGCCAUGGUCGAAGUCUGAGGGCGCUCUGUCUUAUUUAUUCGCU